AUGUUUCAAAAAUCUGGACGAGGAGAAAAAAGAGUUGUUAGUUGUAGGGAUGCGCGCGCAGGGCUGCGUUGUCAUGACAACGGGGUGGAGCGCCCCUCAAAAUCUAGUCGGGCUGCAGCACCGUGCAGAGUUGUGACGUGUUUUCUAAUAGACCGGUCUCAUCUGGUCUAUCCCAAAAAGGGAGGUUCAAGUGAUCAGACGGUGUCAACGUACAAGCUGGCGGCUGAAGGUGACCAGGGCGACGGGUUGUUGAUCCCUGCCCGAGAGCCUGAUGACAGCGGGAUUGACAGCGACGACGCUGUCAGGAGGCUGAUACUGGCUGAUGAGAGACUACCGUUCACUGAUGAGAGUAGCAGUGAAGAUGAGAUGCACAUCCCGUCUCCAACGACACACAGGCGAAACGAGCGGCGGGCUAGCAUGAGAAAAAUGCAAGAAAACCAGGACCUAGUAAUAAUGCAGUGGCCUCAGGAACACUACACGAAAGACCAGAACCCGCCUGGAAAGGCCACGCCUGACCGGUCUUCUCCACCUCUCUACGAAGUGGAACUAACUGCUUCUGAUGAAGACGAUGAUGCAUCAGUUUUGGAGCUGGUCAUCCCGAUGCACUCUUCAAGGUACCAGAGAGUACCAACGUCUUCUCCAAAAAAAUCGAAGCCAAAAGUGAAAAGGUAUUUAUGCAGCAUGAUCUGCUGCGGGCGAAAGUAGGUUCGUUUUUAAUCUUGAUGUUUUAAACUUGUUGUUAUGGAAGUUUAAGUAACGAUUUCUGUAAAUCGGUUUGAUAAUGUUGUUUAUGAUGUUCGAGGAGUAUUCAUUUUAGUUAAUUUGGAAAGAAAAUAUUUACUAAUAGAAUUGGGUUCCAAAUAUUGGGGCUCCACAAGCAAUGUCAUUUGGAUGACGUUGGCAACCCAUUUCAUUCUGAAGAUAAAAUAGCAGCAUCAUCCAAAUAGAAUAUGGAAUACUCCUCAUUUGUUUGUAAGUUAUAAUAAUGAGUUUAAGUUAGUUUAUUUAUCCCACAUUAACUUUAAAUUUACUUUACGAUAAAUAGAAGUAUAUCUACGUAAGUGAUCAGGAAAAAGGAAUCUACAUGCUUUUAAUUUGUGAGAAAAACUCUUUCAACGAAUCUUUUAGAUUUUUUUACUGCGGUUGAUGUGUGAUCUUAUGUAUAUUCGUCAAUUUAAGUAUGUAGUUAUCGUUUGUAUAAGCACAUUAUUGAGUGAGAAUUUGUUGGUCAAUUAAGAAAUUGAUGUUGUAAACAUUUGUGUAAACACUCGCUUUGUAUAUUACUUUUAAAUGAAUGCGCUUAACCAAUUGUAAAAUUCGAAUAACAUAAGUUCCUUUAUUUAAGUAUUUGGAAUAUAAGUGUGGGAGAGCCAUGCUUCGGCACGAAUGGGCCGGCUCGACCGGAGUGAU